AUGGAUCCUGGAACUUCACCAGAUUCAGAAGUGAUCAAUACGAUUCCUGAUUUACAAGUUGGUUUAAUACACCAAGAAGAGUCGCAUGAUAUGGCUUUGAAUGCUUCUGGAGCUGUUGCUUCUCAUGGAGGUGUUAAGACUAGUAAGGGUAGCAAGAGGGGAAAGAAAAAGGACAAUCAUAGAUCUCCUGGUGCAGUCAGCAUCAGGAAAGCUAAAUCAUCAAAGAGUCGCCGAGGUGGGCAAAAAACAAUAGAUAAUGGAUUUGUCUCCUGUGAGGCUGUUACUUCAUCCUCUGCUGCAAAUGCUUCAAGAGAGAAUGGGCUUGGAGUCCCCAAAGACGUUACAGAAAGUAUGGAUAAAGGUUGUUUCAGUCCUGAUGUUCCAGAUGCAAAGAACCCUAAGCAUAUCUCUUCCUCUAAUCACAAGCGUAAUCAAAUUCCCAAAAGUUCAAAAUCUCAGGGAAUGAGCAAGGGAAAGUCCAGAAUCUCUGAUUCUGCAAGGAGCAGGAAAGGAAGUGCUUCUAAGAGGAGGGAAGAUGAGUCGAAGUCAGUUAGUAAGAGCGAAGUAAAGGAGAAAGGUUAUGAUGAAGAGAUUGUAACCAGAGGAGGAAAGAGCCUAGUAACAGUUGGUGCUGCAGGAAAUCAGAUUUCAGAUGAUAAUAAGGACUCAAAUACUGGCAACAAUAUUCAGUGUACACUGCUUGAUAAUGCUUGGGUGCGUUGUGAUGAUUGUCAUAAAUGGCGGCGAAUACCAGUUUCACUUGUAAAGUCAAUUGAUGAGGCAUGCCGUUGGGUCUGUGGCGACAACGUGGAUAAAGCAUUUUCUGAUUGCUCAAUCCCACAAGAGAAGUCCAAUGCUGAUAUUAAUGCUGAGUUGGGCAUAUCAGAUGCUGAGGAAGAUGGUUGUGAUGGCUUCAAUUAUAAGGAAUUGGAAAAGGGAAUUGAAGCUAAAUGUAUGACAGUAGCGCCGCCUUCACAUUUUUGGCGUAUUGAUAGUAACCAAUUUUUGCACCGUGGCCAAAAAACGCAAACCCUUGAUGAGGUAAUGGUUUGCCAGUGCGAAAGACCUCCAGACGGGAAGCUUGGUUGUGGGGAUGAAUGCCUAAAUCGGAUGCUGAACAUUGAAUGUGUCCAAGGCACCUGUCCUUGUGGGGACCUCUGUUCAAAUCAACAGUUCCAGAAGCACAAAUAUGCAAAGAUGAAGUGGGACAGAUUUGGUAAGAAGGGUUUUGGAUUGAGGAUGCUAGAAAAUAUAUCUGCUGGACAUUUCCUUAUUGAAUAUGUUGGAGAGGUGCUUGAUAUGCAAGCUUAUGAGGCUCGGCAAAAGGAGUAUGCUUCUAGGGGUCAGAGGCAUUUCUAUUUCAUGACAUUGAAUGGCAGUGAGGUAAUAGAUGCAUAUGUCAAAGGAAAUUUGGGGCGCUUCAUCAACCAUAGCUGUGAUCCCAAUUGUCGUACUGAAAAGUGGAUGGUGAAUGGUGAAAUUUGUAUUGGACUAAUUGCAUUGAGAGAUAUAAAGAAGGGUGAAGAAGUUACAUUUGACUACAACUAUGUGAGGGUUUUUGGAGCUGCUGCAAAAAAAUGUCAUUGUGGUUCACCUCAUUGUCGGGGUUACAUAGGUGGUGAUUCACUUAGUGCUGAAGUCAUUGUUCAUGAUGAUUCAGAUGUGGAAUCUCCUGAACCAAUGAUGCUUGAAGAUGGUGAAACCUGGACUGUUUCUAAAGAUGUUAUAUCUAGAUCGAGUUCCUUGGAUGGUGCAGGAAUGCAAUGCGUGGAGAGUGUAAUAACUGAUGGUGCAGUAAAGUUCGAGAAUAUGCAAGAUGCUGAGGACUCUGUGAAUCAUUCUUCUUCUGCCACUUCUCAAUUGAACAGUUCAGUUGAAACUGAAGAUCUGAAGGGGAAAUUCCAAUUAGCCAUUCAGCCAGAAGAAGCUUCGCCUGUGACAGUUUCCAGUGAAGCUGUUCAGCAAGAUGGUACUGAGGAACAGAAGGCUACCAACAAAAUCUCAUGUUCCAUUCAGAAAUUAGAUGCUUCUCUAAAUUUGUCAGAUGGCAAAUUAUCUGCUGAUAUUAUUGAUGCUAAUAAGAAGUCCAAGUCUGAUACAGCAGAAGACAAAAAGGUUCCUGCAAAAUCACGCACCCUGAUGAAGACUUCUCAUUCAUCCAGCUCUGUUAAGAAUGGGAAAACGAGUAGUAAUUAUCUGAAUGGAAAUAAGGUUCAGAUAACAUCCAACAAAUCUCAAGUGCCGACAAUCAAUCCCAGAAAAUUCUCAGAAAAUUCAAGUACUGGUCGUUUUGAAUCAGUGGAGGAGAAACUUAAUGAGUUGCUGGAUUCUGAGGGGGGGAUAACAAAACGAAAGGAUGCUUCUAAAGGCUACUUGAAGCUUCUACUUCUCACAGCUACUUCUGGUGAUGGUGGCAAUGGUGAAGCAAUUCAAAGCAAUCGAGAGCUUUCAAUGAUUCUUGAUGCACUUUUGAAAACAAAAUCAGGACAUGUGUUGACUGAUAUAAUUAACAAGAAUGGUUUGCAGAUGCUACACAACAUAUUGAAGAAAUAUAGAAGGGACUUCAAGAAGAUUCCAAUUCUUCGGAAGCUUCUAAAGGUUUUAGAGUAUUUGGCGGGGCGGGGAAUACUUACUCAGGAGCAUAUUAAUGGAGGUCCUUACUGUGCUGGAAGGGAGAGCUUUAGGGAGUCGAUACUGUCAUUCACAGAGCAUGAUGACAAACAGGUCCAUCAAAUAGCCCGAAAUUUUCGUGAUAAGUGGAUUCGAAAACCUGUCAGAAAGUAUAGCUACAGGGACAAGGAUGAGGGCUGGAUGGAGUUUCACAGGGUUUCAGCAUCUAACAAUCAUUGGCGUGACCAGGCCAUACGAGCUACUGAAGCAAUUAAUUGCGGCACGCAAUCUGUGGCUGGAACAUCAACAGAUACUUUCACCAAGGAGGGCGGUUCUUCACCAUCAGCUGGCAUUUCCCAAACCAGUGGUACCAGAAUUCGCAAGUGGAAAAGCCGUUGGGAUCAGCCUGCGGAUCCAGAGAAAAUUGAAUCACGGUCACCAAAGAAAUUCAAAUGUAGCACGUUAUACACUUUAGGUCAAGCAACAUCAGAUCAUACAGAGAAGAUGAACAGUGUGGAUAACGAAUGGCAUGAAAAUUUUUGCAAAGGUGGAACUAAUAAUUUUGACAAUGGGAACCAAAGCUUUCAGCAGGAUGGUCCACUAGGGUUCCUAUCUCCUCUCAAUACAUCUUUGGUUGCAUCUGCUGCUCUUUCAACUGCUACAGGUUUCCCUCAAGCAAAAGUUUGUCCGUCGAAGUUUCCUGCUGCCGUUGUUGCUCAUCCACAGAAGAGAUUCAUUUCCAGUUUGUCGGUUUCAUUUGGAAUUCCACUUACCAUUUUGCAGCAGUUUGGAUCACCACAAGGUGAAAGUCUAGAAACUUGGAGGAUUGCCCCUGGCAUGCCUUUCCACCCAUUUCCGCCUUUACCUCCAUGCCCCCCUGAUAAGAAAGACACUCAACCUGCUUCUGCUGCUAACUCCAUCAGAAUUAGUGCUGACUUAAAGGAAGGGUAACAGGACCUGCCACAAGUUCUCCCGAUGAAAGCAUUCCAAGCACAGCUGGUGGAAACCACCCAGAGUUCGACAUUUCAGGUACUAGCAUCCAACAGACGAUGAAAAGAAUGAGAGAAUCCUCAUAUGAUUUGGGUAAGAAGUACUUCAGACAACAGAAAUGAAAAGGGCCACCAUGAGACAUGCUGCAUAGACGUAGGACAUGUAAACAAUGAGCCCGAAAACUCACGUUAUUCAGAUGAUAUAAACCAGUAGAAUUGAAGGUCCCAUUGGUUUUUUUAUCUGCGCCCAAAGAAACAUGAUUGAUUUACAGAAAAUUUUCCGAGAACUGAAUUUUCUUUAACUUUCAUAAAAUUGAUGUAUUUACCCUCAA